CCUCAGAGCGCAGUCAGGUCUGCGGAGCAGCGGGUUGACCGUCUUGCGUUCUGCCCCAAAGGUCCGAAUAGUCAGCGCUGCGGGAACGGAAGAGCCGAAGCUGCUCAGGAGCUGAAGACGGGCCACUUCCCUCCUUCCUUGGCCCUUACCGGUGUCCUCUAAGGCCCAGGCGAGGUCCAGACAGCAGCGCGCUCACGAGCCCGUCGCUUGCGGCGGUCACGCGCACGCACGCUGGUGCGCACGUUCCCUGAGAACCCGGAACUGCGAGGGAGAGCCACGUGGGUGGAGCUGGAUCGCAGCUCGCAUGGGGGAGUCUAUCCCGCUGGCCGCCCCGGUUCCGGUGGAACAGGCGGUGCUGGAGACGUUCUUCUCUCACCUGGGUAUCUUCUCUUACGACAAGGCCAAGGACAAUGUGGACAAGGAACGAGAGGCCAACAAGAGCGCGGGGGGCAACUGGCUGUCGCUGCUGGCGGCCUUGGCCCACCUGGCCGCGGCCGAGAAGGUCUAUCACAGCCUCACCUACCUGGGGCAAAAACUAGGGGGCCAGUCCUUCUUCAGCAGGAAGGAUUCCAUCCGAACCAUCUAUACGUCCCUGCACAACGAGCUGAAGAAGGUGGUGACUGGCCGCGGCGCCCUGGGCGGGACCGCCCCGCACGUGGAGGAACUGCUUUCCCACCUGUCAGAGCAGCUCUGCUUCUUCGUUCAGGCCCGCAUGGAGAUCGCAGACUUCUACGAGAAGAUGUACGCCCUCAGCCCGCAGAAGUUCAUCAACGCUGAGGAGCUCGUUGGCCUUUUGGACACCAUCCUCAAGAAAUACAGCUCCAGAUUUCACCACCCCAUCCUCAGCCCUUUGGAAAGCAGUUUCCAGCUGGAAGUGGACGUCCUGAGUCAUCUCCUGAAGGCCCAGGCUCAGGUCUCAGAGUGGAAGUUCCUCCCGUCUCUGGUGAACUUGCACAGUGCUCACACCAAGCUGCAGACUUGGGGCCAGAUCUUUGAAAAGCAGCGGGAGACCAAGAAACAUCUGUUUGGAGGGCAGUCUCAGAAGGCCGUUCAGCCCCCACACCUUUUCCUCUGGCUGAUGAAACUCAAAAACAUGCUUCUUGCCAAGUUUAGCUUUUACUUUCACGAGGCACUGAGCCGACAAACGACUGCUUCAGAAAUGAAAACGUUGACUGCGAAAGCCAACCCAGACUUUUUUGGAAAGAUUUCCAGCUUCAUCAGGAAGUAUGAUGCUGCCAAUGUGUCCUUAAUCUUUGACAACCGAGGUUCUGAGAGCUUUCAGGGUCACGGCUAUCACCACCCCCAUUCCUACAGAGAGGCCCCUAAGGGAGUGGACCAGUAUCCAGCCGUGGUGUCUCUGCCCAGCGACAGGCCCGUCAUGCACUGGCCCAAUGUCAUCAUGAUCAUGACAGACCGCAUGUCCGAACUGAACAGCUUGGAAAAGGUGGUCCACUUCUAUGAUGACAAAGUUCAGAGCACCUACUUCCUAACCCGCCCGGAACCUCAUUUUACCAUUGUUGUCAUUUUUGAAUCAAAGAAAUCUGAAAGAGACUCCCACUUUAUUUCCUUCCUCAAUGAGCUCUCACUUGCCCUUAAGAACCCCAAAGUUUUUGCGAGUCUGAAGCCUGGCUCCAAAGGCUAGCAGGUGGUUUGUGUGAAAGGUUUGCAAGACUGGAAAGUUUGUUCCUAAUUGCUCUAAUGAUCUGCUGUGGUCUGUGAUUAGAGUUUCCAUCCAUUCAUGCUUCUUUCAGAGCUAAAUUAAAGACAAAUCCUCCCUAAUUGUGUCACACACUUUAUAAGCAAUUAAGGCCAAUUGAAUUAAGUAUCCAAAGAGUAAUCUAGGAAGUGAUCAUGCCUACUGGGUCUCUCCAUGGUACAGCAGAGUACCUGCAGUAUUUUCUCCUAUUUUCCUGUGUUUCAUGUAGACUGAAUAUUUAUUGGCCUUUGGUUGUUCUUUCCACCUGUUUUAUAUUGUUCUAAACUUUGUUUUAAUGCAAUUCCAAAUGCCUUCUCUUUUCCCCUCCUUCCAGGACCAGUAAAUGGGAUAAGAUAUUAAAUGUCCUUUUCAGAAUCAAG